UCUCUUUCUCAUUUGAUGUGUCAUUCAAUUUCGAGUGGAGUUCACAUCCUCGCGAAUGUCGACUUGUGAAGUUUUUAUUCCGAAUCUCGUCUUUUUCGUUUAAUUUCGCACGUUAUGUUGGAGCGUAAACCAAAGCCUGCUUUCUGGAAAUUCAUAAAAGGAAGCGCAAAAACACUUUUCGUUCUCGAGGCCGUGGCAUUUGCAGUGUCAUAUGGUGUUUGGCAUCGAAUGAACACCAACAGUGAGUUUCGAAAGUAUAUGAGUGAAAACUUUCCAGUCGUCCUCGAAAGCUACUAUCAAGUAGGAGAGCUCCUGGGUGAUAAUAAAGUCCGUCAACUCGACAACGUAACCUGGAGCCACAAGGCUGACAAAAAGGAUUCCAACUAAACUUCGCGAAGUAUAAAAUAAAUGGCCGGA